UCCAAGUCAUCAUCUUUAUUCUCCUUUAUAUCUCUUAGAAAAGUGCUUACAAGUGGAGAGUAUUUGUUGUUUUCUUUGAUUCUUUCUUACACUGGGUUUCUGGAGUUUUAUUUGAUUAAGUAAAGUAUUAUUAGGCUUUUUUCAAUUCAAUUGCAGUUUAAUUAUUCACUUGUUUUGCCAUUUGAAGCUGUAGUUUUUGAGCAAUUCUUUAUUUGUUUUGUCAUUAGACUAAGUUUGGGUUAAGCUUUUUUUUAGCUGCGAAUAUGCUAAUGAUUGGCUUCAUUUGUUGACAUUCAUCUAGUGCUUUUUUCUUAUGCAGGACAAUAUUUUUCUUGUUCCAAGAUUAUAUAGUUUAGUUUCAAGCUCAUGCAUUGGCCAGACAAUUUAGCUUUACCACCUUAGCUGAGUGUUGUUGAAUUUGUGAUAUAAUGCUUUGUACUCCCAUUUCUUGAUUUGCAGUUUGAGCUUGCUGCACCUAUAAGUUGUAGUCGAGAGAGCGUUUGGUCCGGCUAUAUAGUUGGGAGUCAGUGUAGUUCGGGCCUGAACUUUCACUGUCAGAUUGGUAGUGUGUGGUGUAUCUUUGUGCCGUUUGCUAGUGGGAUAUGGAAGAAGUUUUUUCCUUGAUUUGUGUUUGAAGAUUGCUUAGAUGAUUAGUACCGCUUGCUAGUGGGAGAUGGAAGAAGUUUUGCCUUGAUUUGUAUUUGAAGAUUGCUUAGAUGACGAGUACUGUUUGCUAGUGGGAGAUGGAAGACGUUUGCCUGGAUUGACGUUUGCCUGGAUUUGUGUUUGAAGAUUGCAUAGAUGAUUAGUGUUGAAUAGGGUUAUUAUCAUUACGGCCUCAAUGGGCGGUCUUUGUUCGAGAAGAGCCACUGAUGAGACUACGUUGGGUGGUGCACUUCCUCAUGUUAAUGGACGUUUCAGUUACAGACCUGGAAUGGUUUAUCAAUCCCGUGGACUGGAUAUCCGAGAAGAGAACAUUCCGAGGGAUGUGGAAGUUACAGAUAACCAACUGAGGGAACCAUUCUCCUUUCCAGAGUUGAGUUCUGUUCCUCAUGGGACAAAUAUGGAUGAUAUCAAUGAUGGAAUACCUCGAUUGUCUAGGGCUUUAUCUGAUAAAUCGAGAUCAACAAGAACAAAACAGGUUGCACUGACAAAGGUCUCAGAAAUGAGUUCCCGUCUUGGCAGAGCAGGCCAUGCCGGCCUCGAGAAAGCAGUUGAUGUGUUGGAUACUCUUGGCAGUAGCAUGACUACUUUGAAUCUUAGCAGUGGUUUUGCAUCUGGGUUAGCUACAAAAGGAAUCAAAAUAUCAAUAUUGGCUUUUGAAGUUGCGAAUACCAUUGUUAAAGGUGCCAAUCUGAUGAAUUCACUUUCAGAAGAGAAUAUUAGGCAUUUGAAGGAGGUGGUACUCCCUUCUGAGGGUGUACAGCGUCUAACAUCGAGGGAUAUGGGUGAACUCCUAAGAGUCGCUGCAGCUGACAAGAGGGAUGAAUUGAAAGUCUUCUCUGGUGAGGUGAUUCGCUUUGGGAAUCGGUGCAAGGAUCCUCAGUGGCACAACUUGGACCGUUACUUUGAGAAGUUGGAGUUAGAACUCACACCUCACAAAAAAUUGAAAGAAGAAGCAGAAUGUGUGAUUCAACAUUUGAUGGUAUUAGUUCAGAACACUGCUGAACUAUACCAUGAAAUGCAUGCAUUAGACAGAUUUGAACAAGACUGCCGGUGCAAAGCUCAAGAAGAGGAUAACUCAAAUGCUGCACACAGAGGAGACAGCCUUGCAGUUCUAUGUGCAGAGCUGAAGAGUCAAAAGAAGCACGUAAAGAAUUUGAAAAAGAAGUCUCUAUGGUCCAAGAUAUUGGAGGCGGUGAUGGAGAAGCUUGUGGACAUCGUCCAUUAUCUACAUUUGGAGAUCCAUUCUGCAUUUGGUUCCAGUGAUGGAUACAAGCCAACGAAAGACCACUGCCAAAAGCUGGGAUCUGCUGGACUUGCACUCCACUAUGCAAAUAUCAUAACCCAGAUUGAUACACUAGUCACUAGAUCAGGAUCAGUGCCGCCAAGUACAAGAGACGCUUUAUACCAGGGACUGCCACCAACUAUGAAAUGUGCUUUGCGUUCUAGACUGCAAUCUUUUCAACUCAGUGAAGAGUUUACUGUCCCAAAAAUCAAAGAAGAAAUGGAGAAAACUCUUCAAUGGCUGGUGCCUCUGGCCACUAAUACAACAAAGGCUCACCACGGCUUUGGUUGGGUAGGUGAAUGGGCAAAUGCAGGAUCCGAGAUGAACCACAAACUUGCUGGCCAGAUGGAUUUGCUCCGCAUCGAAACUCUUUAUCACGCGGACAAGGAGAAAACGGAAGCUUACAUUCUCGAUAUGAUAUUAUGGCUGCAUCACCUCAUCAGCCAAUCAAGGGCUGCAAAUGGUGGGCUAAGAUCGCCCGGCAAGUCCCCAAUCAGAUCCCCUAACCAGAGAAUGCUCCAGCUUUCGAGCCAGAAACCGAGCUCACCGUCCUCAACGCUGUCAAUCGAGGACCAGGAGAUGCUCCGGGACGUUAGCAAACGGAAGCUGACUCCCGGAAUAAGCAAGAGCCAAGAAUUCAACACAUCAAGAACCAGUCUUUCCAAGCACCACAGGCUAACCAAGAGCAGCAGCCAUUCUCCAACACAUGAAACCAAGAGGGAUCCUUUCCCGAUCCGAAGGCCGUCUUCGGUCCCGAUAAUCAACUUCGACAUCGACCGGAUCAAGGCGUUGGACAUGAUUGAUAGAGUCGAUACAAUUUGAAGCCUCAACGUUGUUUUGAAAUAGGCAUGUUUUCGUGAUGCAUAUCCCCGGCCCCUGCUCAUCUCUUUAGAAAGCCGAGCAUGGUGAGUGGGAGGAGGAGACGUGCAGCGCGUGUUGUACAUGGAGAGUUAUAUCUUAGGAAUAUACUGGUGUUACCCGUGAGAUCGAGAAGACGGGCAAGCUCGGACGAUGUUCGACCGGUGUUCGUCGGGUCGGUUUAGGUACGAGUGAGUGCUCAUGGGGGUGUAGUUUUCAUCAGUAUGUGUACAGAAUGAGGUAUACUUGGUCAAGUCUAUUGUUGAUGAGUUCCAUUGCUGCCCUUCUAAAUGCAUCUUCUGUUGUGAUAAAUGGAUCAAGCUAAUGUGUUGUGUAGGGGUGGAAUCGUAAUUUUAGCACUGAUCGAGUAUAGAAAUAGAACGGAAAUUCUAGAUAGA